UACUUUUUCUUAAUAAUAUAUUUUAAUAUUUUUGAUUUACAAAGUGUAUCAAAUGAUGAAAAUACAAUUAAAAUGGCCCAAAAUAAUGAAAAAGUUCCUGAUGUAAUGGUAGAAAGUUUGGGAGAUAAAUAUGUAAUCAAUGAACAAAUUAUUCAAGAAACUAAUGAAGGUCAACUAAAAAAACCACCUUCUGCUAUUCCUCGAAAUAGGAGUCCUGUUACUAUACAAGAAUGGGUAGAUUCAUUAACCACAUCUGUUGAUCAAAAAGAAGAUUUUGAUAAUGUAGAAUCUUCUACACUUUUAAAUAGUUCGGAUGUUGAUAAUCUUACAUUAGGAGCAGAAGCUGGACACUUAUCUAGAGUUGGAACUAUUCCAAGUGUCACUGUAACAACUGAAAGUAAUAUUGUACGUGCACCAUCAGAAACUGAAAGCCAAACUUCUAGUUUUGAUUCCAAAAUAUUAAAUGAUCGUAAACCAGAUCCUGAAGAAAUAUUACUAGGCUUAGGAUUUGGUGGCGGAAUUGAAUCAACUACAUAUGGAGAGUAUGGACGUGUUCCCAAGCGGUUUUUACAGCCAUCUCAACUAAAGGGGGUUUCUGUGGAAGAGUACUUAAAAUACCAACAAGAACUCAUUUAUAUGUAUGAAUCUGGAUUAUGGGGUUACCGUGGAUUAACUGGGCCACCACAUGCGAGCCCAUCAGUAAUAGUUGCAAAAAUCAUGGAAAAACUUCGAGAACACGAACGCGAUAUGACGUGCCCAAAAGGUUCUUCAAGUGUCAUGGUUCCAACAACUAAAUCUAUGCAUUUAACAAAAUCAAGUGCAAAACAAACCUCAAAUCGAUUUAAUAAAGCUGCUGAAAAUAUUCUUACUAAAAUUAGGUGUACACCUGGUAGUGUAUUAACUCCAGACAAUCGUAAAUGGCUUGACAGUCAAGGUGGUGACAAGUCUCCAGAAAUGUCAAGACGACUAAUAAUUGGUCAGCAAUCAUUUGUGUUAACUCGUGAUGGUACUUUAAUAGAGACACCGCCAUCUAGUAUUACUGCUGAUAGUGAAAAUUUACCAGUACCGUUUGACACAAAAGUAAUUAACGAACAAGCUCAAACUGUUGUUCAAGAGAGUUCUCCACACUUAGAUGAAGAUACUAAUGUGAUAUUUAAAGUUGAUUCAUCAUCAUCAGCAAAUUCGGAUACACAGUUUCAACAAGAAAAUAGCUUGUCAAUUGAUAUACAUAAUAAUGAUAUAAAAAUGGAUAAAUUAAGUCCUAUAUUUAAUUCAAAUCAACCUUUUGAUAAAGAUUAUAGUCCCGAAAGAGAUUUAGAAGAUUUAUUAUCUAUAGUCGAGCCUUGUCAGGAUGUUAGUAAAGCGAGUUCAGAAGUUGAUUCAGGUGCAGCAUCUGAUAGUGCUGAUACAUCAUGUGCACAAAUCAAUUUAAUAUCCUUAAAUGAAAAUGAAUUAACAGCAAAUGAAGAUGUUUCUUCUAAAAACUUAUUUAGGCAAUAUGAAGAUUUAUGUAAUCUGAGAUUGAGAUUAAAUGUAUUAGGUUGUCCAUUCAAUAUUGUGCCUCAAGAUCAAUUUAUGUCCCUCUCUGCAGAACAGAGGUGUGCACUUCAGUGUAAAAUUUUAAGACUCGCCCUCCGUGUUUAUUUAAAUAAGCUUACCGAUGAUGAAGUACACCAUGAAUUGCAAAGUUGUUUGGGAGCAGAAGUUCAACAUGUGGCUGAUCUGUUGGAUUCAAACUCUGAUGUAGACAAACUAGCAAUAAUUGUUCGACAGAUGACAGUUCUACUUCAUCAUCAAACACACUUAAAUAGCCAAUUGGCUGAGUUAACUAUCAGAGCUCAAAAUCCAACCGCAUGUCAUGACAUGUGUGAAUUGAUAUUACAGAGGGUCCGAGGACUUGAGCAGCUUGUUGAACAGAAUGCCAAUGAAUUGGCCCUAAUGAAAGCCCAACUACUAAAUAAGAAAACAUUGUGAUUACAAUUUAUUAUUAUUUAUUUGUAAAGCUUACUUAUAUCAUUAUUUAUUGAAGUAGUAAUUGA